UUCUAUCGUCUCUCGUACGGUUUUGCUCGGUAUAAUCCAUUGAGACGAUUUUAUUUUAGUCUUUUAUUUUCCAGAUAUUAAAUAACAUUAAAGAUAAAAUAUGACAACGGCUGCAAGGCCAACGUUUGAUCCGGCAAGAGGUGGUCAGGGUAGAGGAGAAAAAGAUUUAAGUGCGAUAUCGAAACAAUACAGCAGCAGAGAUUUGCCAUCUCAUACGAAAUUAAAAUAUAGAGAACAUGGACAAGGUACGAUCGAAGAACUUCGUAGCCGUGAUUUUCGUAAAGAAUUGGAAGAACGUGAUAGAGAAAAGGAUAAAAGUUCUAGUCGACGUAUGAUCGAGCCUGCCAGAGAGCCUGCCCCACUUAAUGCGAAAAGACAAAAAAUGGAUCAAGUUCCAGCAGCUAGCUUAGACGCAGACGAUCCCCUUGACGAGGAUGAAUCCGAGUCGGAGAGCGAAGAAGACGACACUGCAGCUCUCGUAGCUGAAUUACAAAGGAUCAAGAAAGAAAGGGCAGCCGAGCAGGCUAAAAAAGAAAUGGAAAAGAAACAAGAAGAAGAAAGAAUAAGAAUGGAAAAUAUUCUUUCUGGAAAUCCUUUACUCAAUUAUUCCUCCCAAAGCGGUAGAACGGAUAUGAAAGUCAGGAGAAGAUGGGACGACGACGUUGUUUUUAAAAAUUGUGCACGGUCGGAACCAAAAAAGAAACAUGAUGUAUUUAUUAACGAUUCUUUAAGAAGUGAAUUCCAUCGUAAAUUUAUGGAAAAAUAUGUUAAGUAGCGUGGAAUAUAUCUUAUUAUACAUGUAUUGAGUCUUGUGACAAUAUGUUUGCGUAUAUACAUUAUGUGUUCGUACAUAAUAAUGCAAAUAGAUAAAAGGGAGAAGAUGCAGUUAAUUUUCAUACUAGGAUGUAAGCAUUCGUUAAUACAUAGGUUUUGUUAAAAGUAGUAAGUUAAAAGAGGAAACAAAUAUAAUACUCUCUGUGUACAUUUA